AUGUCUUUGGGCCCUGCGCCGGCGCUGAGAGGCCACCCGCCCGCCAAACGGGUCGUGGUGAUCGGUGCUGGCAUUGCCGGCCUGUCCGCUGCUUCGUGCCUGAAGGAUCCUGGCCGCAGGACGAAACCGGGCGAGACUGCAAAAGACAUCGAGGUCACAGUGGUGGAGGCUCGAGAUCGGCUAGGUGGACGUGUUCGUACCGAGCAUUUUGCAGAUGGCUCAGCUGUAGAUCUCGGUGCAGCCUGGAUCCAUGGUACAUCGAGGUCCAAUCCGGUAUUGGCGCUUGCAAAGGAGUGCGGAGCCAAACUAGUGGAGACCGACUGGGAGAACAGCAUAGAGUUCGAAGCUACCGGCACUGAAUCUGAGCCCCAUCCUGCCACGGAGAUGAACGAAGCUGAGAUGCAGCGCAGCUACAAGCUCUUCGAGUCGCUUUGGCAUCUCUUCAGCGCGAAGCAGGGCGCUGACCGGAAGGCGGCCAAGAAGGGGCCGAUUGUUGAUCAGAGUCUCAUGACCACCUUGCGAGGCCUGAAGUCCAAAGCCUUCAAGGGCAUCGAUGAGCUGGACCAGCGUUCACAGUUGCUGCUGCUCUAUGCCAUCGCAGGUGAGACGGAAUUUGAUUAUGCCGCGACACCAGACGAGAUGAGUUCGACCUGGUGGGACAUCGACGAUGAGUUCGACGGGGAGCACGCCUUAUGGCAAGCCGGCUAUGUGCAGCUUGUUGAGCAUUUGGCGGCAGGAACCCAGGUGAUCCUGGAAGCGCCUGUUGAGAGGAUCGAGUGUGUGGACUGUGCGGAGGGGAAUUCUAGCCGGCCCCCGGUCACAGUGAGGUUGCGUGACGGCCGAAGCCUUGAGGCGGACUUUUGUGUUUGCACGCUCCCGCUUGGCGUCCUCCAGCGGGACCACGCUCGGCUCUUUCAGCCACCCCUACCCGACGCCAAGGUCCAGGCACUGCGGAGUCUGGGCAUGGGUAUCAUGGAGAAGGUGGCGCUAAGGUUUGAGCGCUGCUUCUGGGAGAGCAAGGACGUCAAACCGCACUGCCUGAACCGGGUUCCCACCUGCGAGGCGCGCACUUUGCCCAACGCCUGCGAGGCGCCGUAUUGGGUCAACCUUCGGCCAGUCACCGGCAGCAAUGUGCUCGUCGCGUAUUUCCUCACUGGAGCAGGGCGGGUCAUGGCCAAGAUGACCGAGGAGGAGGCGGUGAAGCAGACCAUGGCGCUGCUGAAGUCGAUGUUCCCUCCUGGGGAGGUUGAUGCGGCCAAGCUCCUCGAGGCUAAGAAGACAGCGUGGGCCGAGGAUGAGUGGACUUGCGGAGGCUACUCGUAUCUCCCUGUCGGGGCAACGACGCAGGACAGACACGCCCUGGCUGCGCCACUGGGCUCCCUUCACUUUGCCGGCGAAGCAUCCCACGACAGGUUCCCUGCCACCGUCCACGGGGCCCUUCUGUCGGGGAGGCGUGCGGCGUCAGAGAUCCUCACCAAGCUCGCGGGACCCGAAGGCAUGACCUCGGCCAAAGUGGAAGUUGUCGAGGUCGAUUUCAAGGAAACAUAUCCCCUUCGUGAGCGCGUACUCUGGCCCGGAAGACCCGACCUGGCUGCGCUCGCAUGUGACCCGCAAGGGAGGCACUGGGGCAUACGUAUGCUGGAUGCAAAGAAUGAAAGUGGAGAGCUUGGAGAGCUUGUGUCUGUGAUGUCGUUGUUUGUCACCGAUGAUGGUCGGGAAGCGCAGUUCAGAAAGUUUGCAACUGCCCCAGAACAGCAGCACAGGGGACUUGGCUCCAUGCUUCUUCAGCAUGUCAUCGAGGAAGCGAGGCAGCAGGGUGUACAACGGUUGUGGUGCGAUGCUCGCGCGACCCAAGCGCAGUUCUACGAAAAGCGCGGCAUGCACGCAGUGGAAGGCGGUGCCAUAUUUCUCAAGAGCGGCGUGGAAUACAUCCGCAUGGAAAUGAAGCGGCGGGGCAAGGAUCCCGGAGGAGGCGAUGAGAAAGCCCCAGCCGAGCAGGAGGUCAUCAUCAAGAACUUGGACCUGCAGGGCGCCACCGCUGCACCGCCCUUCCACGUGGCCUCGGUCUUUCUUGAUAAGUUCUCCGGCUCUGGCUGA